UGUUUGCUUGUCAGGCUAAGCAGCUGAAAUUGGAGAAAGUUCACUUGACCCAAAACAAGACUAUUUACUUUACAAGAACCAACAUUCCGCAUUAGUGCACUGGUACUGUACCUGGACGCACGCGCGACCUAUUGCAGGUAAAGAGGGGUGAUUUGAAUAAUAAAUAAACCGGCGCGUGAGGAACAGGUCUGAGGCUCGAGACGCAUUCUAAACGAAAACGGAUUUAUUUUUAAGCAUACCAUCGAUGCACUCAAACAACUGGAAAAUAAAAUAAAACUACGACUUUAACGAUAGGAAGAAAUCUUCGAUGGAAGGGGAAGACGUGUCUCAGAAGUGCUUUCACUUCAAUGUUGGAGGAUGUCUCUUCUCAAUUCCUUUGAACAGGCUAGCUGGUUUUCAGGAAUCUGUGUUGUGGAAAGAAGCCUUCUCUCUGAGCCGGUUCCAAGACUCCAGAUUGUUUAUUGAUAGGGACGGUUGCACCUUCAGGCAUCUGCAUUAUUACAUUAACACAGCCAAGCUAGCUUCAUCCUGUGCAACUGAAGUAAACCUGUUGUCUGAGCAAGCGUCUGUCUUGAACUUAACAUCCUUACUACAGGCCUUAGAAAAUCUUAAGACUGGAAAACAUUAUUUACGUGCACGUCCUGUAGACGUCCACAUUUCUGAAAGAGCUUCUGUGAAUUACUGGAAAACACGAAUAUGCAAUACCAAGUUACCAGAGCUGAUCAGAAGUCCAGUAUCAACAGGGCUGCAUGAUAAAGCACCCCUGGGGCUGAUCGGCACACCAUUGCUGGACACUGAUGAAGAGGUUCAUUUUUGCUUUCUUCUACUGGAUUUGGUGAAAAAGUACCCCAGCCUAGUCAAUGAGGACAACUUACUGUGGUUGUGUGAGGAGGUUGCCAUAAUAGAAUGUGGAUGCAGUGAGUUCAGGUUCAUAGCUAAUUAUCUCCAUACUGAGAAUAUUGUACUGCCUGAUAAAUUCACUGAUUACGAAAUCUUGACUAAUGAAGCAGACAUCCUGGGACUUUCUGAAUUAAUACAGGCUGUAAAGGAACACAGGCAAAACAGUGGGAUAGAUUGUGACUACUAUUCUGUUAACAACCAAGACACAAGUCCUAGUUCUUUGCCAGAAUGUGCAGCCAGACCCCUCUAUAUCAUGGUUCUGGAGUUGCUAGUGAAGUAUCCUGAUUCAGCACUGGGACAGCUCCACGUGGAGAGCAACCUGGAAGGGAGUAAACUGUACAUCACUGGCACCGGUGUCAUCUUUCAGCAUGUCAGGAACUGGUUAGGGACAUGCCGACUGCCUCUGACUGAAAACAUAUCUGAGCUGAGUGAACUUUGCAAGUAUGUGGAUAAACAAGACAAUGCAUAUCAGGCAAUGAAGGAUGCCAUUAAGGAGUAUCUGAGAAGCAGAAAAGAGACGGCUCAAGAUUCAGAAAUCAGAUAUUUGGAGAUGAGAGAAAAAGCUUGGACUGCUAGUAUUGAAAAUGUCACAGUGUAUCAGAUUAUUAAAAUUUAUAUAGGAACUCACUGGUAUGCAACUUAUCUGAAAACCCUGCUGAAGUAUCCAGAGCUGCUUUCAAACUUCAAAAAGGUUCGCUGGAUUGCCUUUGGUCAGAGCCUCUACAUCAAAGGGGAUGGACAGAUGUUCCGACACAUUCUCAACUUUCUUAGAGUUGGCAGACUGCUUCUACCAUCUGAAUUCAAAGAGUGGCCCUUACUUUGUCAUGAGGUAGAAGAGUACCAGAUACCUGCGCUUUCAGAGGCAUUGUAUCAGUGCAGUGCCUAUAGCGAAUCAGGAAGUGAGGCAUCAUUUUCGUCUGGUGGAUCACAUGACGGUUUUAAGGAAGAUGAAGCUGAGAUAGAGGAGGUAAAAUAUGAGGCAUCAUCUUGGAUUCUAAAAGACUGGAAGACUCGAAGGAAGCUACAAUGAAAAUUGCUAACCUGGUGAACUUGCUCUGGACUCGGCAGAUUGCAGCGGAACAGUUUGUUGCAGAUUUACUGAAUAUGGCAUUUUUUAAGAACCAGAAAGAAAUCCAUGAUCAAGUGCUCCAGUGGAUUAAGUUUACAUUGCUGUUUGCGAGGAGAUAUAAUGACUGCAUUGAAAUAUUGUUCAGGGGAUUCUGUAAAUCAGCAGUACUUUUUCCAGAUGAAGACUCGGCUCUAUAUUAGUUGCACAAGGAGUGACCGGUGCCUACGUACAAAUACACUUUAUACCUAAAAGAAGGAACACUUCUCUUGGAGAUGUCAAAGAACUUCCCUAUGGACAAGGGUGUGGGUGUCUGUGUAUGUGUUUCUCU